GUCGACCCUGCUGAAAAAGCCCAGAGCCGCUCAUCAGAUAACACAGCAACGGACUUUCCAAACAUGCGCCCACUUUCGGAUGGACGGCAGCGGGAAUAACCUGCAGGACGUCGAGCAUUUCAGCAGCGUGCUUCAGUGUUGAAGGAUGGACAGGGAGCUGGUUCGGCAGAGCCAAUCAGAUCACGGCGAGGCCACCAAUGGAACGAGCCCUCCGACCGCCGCUGAGUCCUCCGCCACCCCUCCGACCCCCACGCCUCCUCGGCUUACCCCCAACCCCAUGCUCCUGGACUCCCCCGCACCCUCGCUGACACCCACCACCUCCUCCCCUCCCCCGCCUCUCACUCCCGCUCCCUCCAUCACCACAAACCAUGGACCAAAGGCGGCAGCAGCAACGGCAGGCGCUCCGUCUCCUCACGUCCUCGUCCCGACUCCCCCUAAACUUACCUCCACCCCUGCCCCCGCCCUCCGCACAUACUCCCGACACAACCAUUCUUCCAAAAUGUCUUCCUCCGUGCAAACCCCCCCUUCCCCCUCCCUUCUCCCUCCCCCUUCGUCCUCCUCCUCUCCUGUCGUAGCGACCGCUCCUUCACCACUCCUCUCAUCCUCUCCAACUUCUUCUGCAACGCACAACAACACCACCAUGUCUGCCAAGAUCUCCACCAGCCUGACCAACGGGAGCGCUAGGGUCCUCUCUGCAACCUCAACGCCAAUCACACCGUUUCACACGCCAGCCAGUCCACCUGGCAGACAGGUAUCACAGACUCCUGUGGGCACACCUGGUCUUGUGCGAACCAAUCAGAACCCUUCCCCUGUCAGGCAUCCCAAGGUGUCCCAGCAGACAUUGCUCCUAGGAAAAGGUCUCAAAGGGACAGGCCAAGACCAAGUGUUGCUUAGAGCUCAGAUGCUAAUUCUUACAUCUGCUAUGCGGCCGCCCCAGCCGUGCUCCUCCUCUUCCUCCUCCUCUGUUUCCACUUCUCCUCCUUCCUCUAACCCCGCCUCGGCUCAGCUCCAGAGUCUCACCUUGAGGCCUCCUCCCCCCGGGACUCUCGCCAUCCCUCCUUCCCUACGCCUCAAGCCCAACGCCACGGCCCCGCCUCCCCUCUCUCGACCUCAAGCCCCCCUCUUCCCGAUUCUCAAGCCGCGACCUCAGUCCAGCAUCACAGCAACGGAGUGUCCAACCACGCCCAGCCGACACCUCGCCGUGCCGCCUCCAAGUAGGUCCCUGAAGGGUGUGAUGAGGCCGGAUGAGUACGCUCCUCCAUCUCUCUAUUCUCCGGUUCGAGCCGUCCCUCUGAGACCCAGACUUCACUCUCCUAACGGUCACAGAGCGGCGUCACCUCGACAGACCUCGGCCCUCCAACCAAUCGCUGCUGCUCCCUCCAGCCAGGCGUCUUCCAUCAGCCGGCCGCUGGUGGGACUGAAGAGCUGUCCGUUAACUCACAGCCCGGUAUCUGUCUCCAGCGCUCUGUCAGCUGUGCCGCAUUUUGAGCGCUCGUUGUCUGCAGCGAAGCAGCUUCAGAUCAUCGCCCUCUCUUCGGGUCGCCAGCCACAGCCGGGAACGUACACGCAUGCUUCGGUGCAGCCGCCGCCUCCAGCGGCAGAGUCACCUGAGGUUUCCGCCCAAUCAAAGAGGACUUUGAGCACUGAAGACGUCCUUCCUCCUCCUCCUCUGCCUCCUUUAAACCCCUCGUUGCCAAAAACCACCUCUCCUCUGCCCUCACCUCCAUCCCUUCUGAGUCCAGCCUCUCCGCAGAGUCAAGCUGAGCCCCAGCCGCAAAAUCUGACCCAGAAGGUGGAGGUAAAGGAGGCUGAAGAGCAGAGAAAGAGAGCUGCAGCUGUGAGACAGGAAGUCAAAGAUGAGGAAAGCAUUGCUAAAGACCUGAGAGUGGAGAAAGAUGACCAAAGAGAGAAGGUGAAGGAGGAGGAGCCCAGUGAGGAGCAAAUCAGCCAGGAGGUGCAGGAAGUUAGCCGAGAGGAAGAUCAAAUGGAAGUGACAGAAGAAGGCCAAAGUGAGAGAGAGAGGAGAGAGGAAGGCAAGGACAAGAAGAUGGAGGAGGAAGAGGAAGGAGAGACUCCAAUGGACCAGUCUGAGAACCAGACGGCACAGCUUCCCCAUCAGUACCACAACACGGACCCUAUCCCGGAACCUGAUCCUGUUAAAGACUCCACUGUGGACUCAAAACCCAUCACGGGUCUCAUUUCAACUCCACUUCCAGUCCAAACUCCAGCACCAGUCCCGGUACCAGAGCCAGCUCCAGUCCCCGAAGCCUCUGCCCAGAGUCAGAGGCUGCCAGAGCCCCAGAAAGACCUUCAGCCCGUCAGCCAGGAGGACUUCUGUGAGAACAUGUCGACCCAGUCCGACAAUCAGUCAGCGUUGUCCAGCCUCUCCUCUCAGUCUCCCCCCUCCUCACCCAUCACCACUCCUUCGGCAGAAAACCCUCCUCCUCUCCUCCCGGCGCACACCGCCCUCCCGACUGACCUCAGCCUACCGCAGCAUGAGCCAGCGAAGGUGGACAAAGCAGGUGGCGAGCAGCAGCCCCCCACGGAAACUGAAGCAGAGCCUCUCGGACAAUUGGAGGACGAGUCAGAGAGCUUCAGCCAAUCACUGAGCAGCCCCUGGGAGCCAAGGCCGUGGCCUGAGGGACGGCAGGUUCUCACCCACCUGGUGGAGGGAUUUGUCAUCCAGGAGGGGCUCCAACCGUUUCCUGUGAACCGCUCAUCCCUGCUGGUUCCAGAGCAGGUGCCCAAACCGCAGGAAGUGAAUGGGACCAAUGGGAAAGCGGCGCUGCCUGUAACGGAAACGAUAAAACAAACUGAGCACUCCACAGACUCGGACGAAGAGGAAGGAGGAGACACGGACGACCCUGGGAGCAGGUCGGGCCACAGAGACCGAACGGUGCUGCACUGCCAGUUCUGCGGGAAGAGGGGCCACGCACACAACUUCAUGCGCUCCAAACGCUUCUGCUCCACUUCCUGUGCACGCGGGUUUAACGUUCGACUGACGAAGCGUCUGCGAGCUCUCAGCGCAGGAAGCCGGUCAGAGAAGCCUCGUCCUGCCCUCAACCGGGCGGAGUCAGUCCCUGGGAAACCCCUGCUGCUGCGGCUGCCUCGUGAUCUGUGGAGCGCCGGUCAGCGGGAGAAAGAUGGAAAAGAAAAAGCGGCGGCGGCAGAAGAGGACGAAGAUGAAGACGAUAUGGUGGGAGGUGGAGGCAGGGAGGAGGAAGACGAUGACGGAGGAGAGGAAGAUCCCGCUGUCGCCAUGACGGCUAGGAUGGAGCGUCGGGCGGCUCGGAGAGCGAGGAGGGCGUCGGCGCCGGCCGUGACCACUUCCACGCCUACCACCACGUUUAAGCCAGCCCCCUCGCAGUGGAGCGUGGAGGAAGUCACCGCCUUCAUCCACACGCUGCCAGGCUGCAGUGACGUAGCGGAGGCUUUCCGGGUGCAGGAGAUCGACGGCCAGGCUCUGCUGCUGCUCACCGAGGACCAUCUGAUGACCAGCAUGAACAUAAAACUGGGACCUGCUCUGAAGAUCUGCGCUCACAUCAACGCACUGAAAAACCAAUGAGAGACAAAGAAAAAGAGAAACAACGUGAGGAAAAGAGAAAGCGUUUAAAAUGGAAGAGGGAAAAAAGGCAAUAAAGACGCGAGGAAACGAGAGAAGUCAAAAGCUGACACCAAGGAUGACAGAGCAAAGUCACAAAAAGAGAUUUGUGGGAAUUUAUAAUUCAUGAGAUUAUAAAUCUAGGCGUGGCCUUAGCAGAUGGGAGCUGGAGAGGAGUGCGGGAGCAUGACGACAGCAGAGUCCAUGAGACGUCUCACCAGUUUUGGGCCCUCCGACUGUAGCAGGAGACGGGGGGGUUUUGUAACUUUGUGUAUAUUUUACAUGCCGCUGGAGAGUGUACAUUUGAAGCUAUUUGAUGAAGGAUUUUGAACAUUUAAUAUAUAAAAUUUGUCUAUUUAGUUUUUUUAGAACGUGACGUCAGCAACAAAUCUAUCCAGUAGCUAAACAUAACCCGUGUGUGUACAAGGAAAAAACAAUAAUGCGUAGACUUUGUAAGUGAUUAAUGAAAGUUUAAUGUUUUAUAUCACUAUAUUCUGGACAAAGACAUGUCUGUGUAUUAAAAAAGUCACUAUCAGGGUAGAGGCUGGUGUCUUCAAUCGUCACAUUUUUAUGGUAUCCUGCUUGAAAUUAUUUAAUAAAUGAAUAAUUGAUCAUCAAA